UUAAACUCAGAGUUUUUUAGGUGGCGACUGAUCCGCUCUGCCAUCGACCAGCUGCCCUGGCUCUGAAAACAUAUGGGGCGAGAGGAGCUGGUUGCGUUGAUUGGCGAUCAGAUCUAUCUAUCAACGCCUGAAGGGAUGAUGGCUGAUGGUAUUUAGCUACAUUCAGUCAUAUCGAAUCUGGUGGAGCAGCAUGUCCGCCCUUUCAGCAUAAUUGACCCCCAAGGAGGAAGGAAUGGGACCUUCAGGUGGAGCAUUGUUGAUCCACACACCAGUGCAGCUCUAUCGAUAUCUCAUCAGAUGUUGCAGACAGUUGCCGACCACAGUGAUGCAGCAGCACUACAAACAUGCCAUAAGACAGGGUUACAAGAGUCACUCGGAUGAAGAUGACCCAGAGCGGAUCCAAAUGAUAAUCCACAGAGCAGUAGCAGAUGCUCAGUGGAUUUGUGAUAAAUAUACCAAGAAGAAGUGAUGCUCAUGAGAAGAGAGGGUGUCCAUUGCACUGCUGCACCUGACAUGGUUGUAGGUCUCCAGUCGGUGGCUGUAUUCAUGUUAAAUGGACUUAUGUACCUGGCCACUGAAAGUGCUUUAACUUGGUCACAUUCACACAUUUGGGGUUUAGGGUUCAGUGUCUUGCCCAAGGACACCUCAACAUGUGGAAUUGAGGAGGUGGGACUUGAACCUCUGACCCUCUAAUGCUGAGUUGAAUAAAAUAUUUAAAAGUAUAAA